AUGGGCACGGUGCUGUCUCUUUCCCCGGCCUCCUCGGCCAAGGGCCGGAGGCCCGGAGGGUUGCCGGAGGAGAAAAAGAAGGCGCCGCCCGCGGGGGACGAGGCGCUGGGGGGCUACGGGGCGCCGCCAGGGGGCAAGGGCGGCAAAGGCGAGAGUCGGCUCAAGCGGCCGUCUGUGCUCAUCUCGGCGCUCACUUGGAAGCGCCUGGUGGCCGCGUCCGCCAAGAAGAAGAAAGGCAGCAAGAAGGUGACGCCCAAGCCGGCGUCCACGGGCCCCGACCCCCUGGUCCAGCAACGCAACCGCGAGAACCUUCUCCGCAAGGGCCGGGACCCCCCCGACGGCGGCGGCGCUGCCAAGCCCCUGGCGGUGCCAGUGCCCACCGUGCCCGCAGCCGCCGCCACCUGCGAGCCACCGUCGGGGGGCGGCGCGGCCGCCCCGCCGCCUGGUUCGGGCGGGGGAAAGCCGCCGCCGCCGCCGCCCCCAGCCCCGCAGGCGGCGCCGCAGGUGCCUGGCGGCUCGCCGCGGAGGGUCAUCGUGCAGGCGUCCACCGGCGAGCUGCUGCGCUGCCUGGGCGACUUCGUGUGCCGACGCUGCUACCGCCUCAAGGAGCUGAGCCCCGGCGAGCUGGUGGGCUGGUUCCGCGGCGUGGACCGCUCGCUGCUGCUGCAGGGCUGGCAAGACCAGGCCUUCAUCACGCCCGCCAACCUGGUGUUCGUGUACCUGCUGUGCCGAGAGUCGCUGCGCGGGGACGAGCUGGCGUCGGCCGCCGAGCUGCAGGCCGCCUUCCUCACCUGCCUCUACCUCGCCUACUCCUACAUGGGCAACGAGAUCUCCUACCCUCUCAAGCCCUUCCUCGUGGAGCCCGACAAGGAGCGCUUCUGGCAGCGCUGCCUGCGCCUCAUCCAGCGGCUCAGCCCUCAGAUGCUGCGGCUCAACGCCGACCCCCACUUCUUCACGCAGGUCUUUCAAGACCUCAAGAACGAGGGCGAGGCCGCCGCCGGCGCCGGGGCUCCACCGAACGGGAGCGCGCCUGCCGCCUCCUCGGCCGCCAGGGACAGCGGCGCGGCCGGAGCCAAGCACUGGACUAUGAACCUGGACCGCUAG